AUGCAGACUGCUUCUACAAACAUUUGUGAAAGAAUGGGUCACUCUCAGGAGCUCAGUGAAUUCAAGCGCAAUACUGUGAUAGGUUGCCACCUGUGCAAUAAGUCCAUCCGUGGAAUUUCCUUGCUACUAAAUAUUGUGGAAAGUGGAAGAAACUGGGAACAACAGAAGUCAGCCACUAGGCAGCUGCCUAGUUUACCUAGUGGAAGCACUGGCCGUAAAAGUGGGGCCAGUGCAUGCUGAAGCACACAGUGCGCAGAAGUCGCCAACUGUUUGCAGAGUCAAUAGAUAAAGACCUCCAAACUUUGCGUAGCCUUCAGAUUAGCACAACAGUGCAUAGAGAGCUUCAUGGAAUGGGUUUCCAUGGGUCAUUAGCUGCAUCCAAGCCUUACAUCACCAAGUGCAAUGCAAAGAGUCGGAUGCAGUUGUGUAAAGCACGGCGCCACUGGACUCUAGAGGAGUGGAGAUGUGUUCUCUGGAGUGAUGAAUCAUGCUUCCCUGUCUGGUAAUCCGAUGGAUGUGUCUGGGUUUGGCAGUUGCCAGGAGAACGGUAUUUGCUUGACUG